AUGGCGCGACCGAAGUGCUGCAAAUGUAACUCAUUGUGCUGCAAGCGCAGUUCAAAGAGGACAUCGAGUGCUUCUGGAGACAAGCAAAAUGCAAUCCUGUUUAACUUCUUUGAUGAAGGCAUCGCUAAAACAAACCAUAUCAGCACAUGCAAGUACACCUGGUAUAAUUUUAUCUUCAAGUUUUUAAUUGAACAGUACCAACGGCCUAACAAUAUUUUCUUCCUUACGGUUUUACUUUGUAACUCCAUUCCUGGGCUGGCAAUUGUGGGAUUCGGUACACUGAUAACACCAGUCAUAUUUAUUCUUGUGAUAUCUGCCGUGCGAGAAAUCAUUGAGGACAUUGGACGGUCAAGGUCAGACAAAAUCUCGAAUAGCAAGGUCUACAAGAUAGUUCGAAAGGGAGAGGUUCUGUCCCUGCCGGCUUCGAAAAUUUCACAGGGAGACCUGGUCAUCAUUAGGGACGGCGAUGAGGUGCCUGCAGACUGUCUUCUUAUGAUCUCCAGCUCUCAGACAAAGACUGCCAUGGUUAACACUGCAAGCUUGGAUGGAGAGAGUAAUCUGAAACCCAGAAAUGUUAUCCUCACGCACCUUAGUCCAUACAACAAUGAAUUGGAGCUUCUGUCAUUUCUCAGGACACUGUGGGGGCGUAUAACCGCGUAUCCACCUAAUUCUAAUCUGACCUUGUUCACGGGGAAGGUCAGCUAUCAUUGGUCUCCGUAUGGCAUAGGCUUUCACGACCCCGGUGCACGAGCAGGCACAGCAAACGACUUUGCCGCGCGGCUGGCGAUCAAAUCCAUGGCACUUUAUGCACCACCUCCUGCGGUUGCGGGAGGUUACUCGGGUGUCAACAAGACACCUGGAAAUCUCAAAUCAAUGGCGUCUCCCUUUUCUGCUGUGUACGUCUCUGCACGCUAUCCCUCCUAUCAACCGUCAAGUCCAUCUGCUCAGGAUACUGUACCAGGAACAGGGCCCCUUGGCGUUCGUGCCGAUAACCUGUUAUCAACUGCUGGUAUCAGCAAUAUAGCUGAGAACAGCGAGGAUGGCGACUCCAUUCUGAAUGAUGCAUCUGUUGGAAAUUCCUCGCAUACUUUUGUGAAGCCAACCAGCGGUUGCGCCGGCUCGUUGGCUAUCGAUUUAGAUCUCGCAGUGACUUCAUCAGAGCCCACUGAAGUUGCCAAGGACCUAACCAGCUCCCACGGAUUUAGCAUUGAUAAGCUUGACUCUGUUGUCCCUAGAGUAACUAGCAUCAGCAGCAAAGCUAGCAGAGAUAGUCCAGUAGACCAAGCAGGUCGAGAUAUGGCAACACGGUCUUCAAUAACCACAACGCCACGGACUGGCUUUGCUGCGUCUGUUGCACAAGCGUGUGAUAGAGCAAACGGAGAGCUUCCCUUAACGGAGACCCUUGAUUUGGUAUCAGCCUUUCCACUUACAAAUCUUGCUGCUGGCCCCAAUUACACUACCGAUAACACCCACAAGCUUCUUCACUUCAACACUGAUAACACCUUGCUCAAAGGCAUGAAGCUGCAAAAUACAGAGUUGGCUGUUGGAGCCGUAAUUUACACUGCCUAUGACACACGUCUCAUGAUGAACCAAACAAAGCCUCCCUUGAAGCUAAGCCAUGUGCAGAAGAGAUUAGAUAGGGUUCUCCUCUUGGAAAUACUCUUUCUUGUAGCGGGGGUUAUCAUCUGUGGGGCAAUAGCAGCAGCAACGAACGGCGACUAUCUGACCAGGUAUCCUUAUGCAGGCUUCCCAAACACAAAGAAGUUCGGCACCUUCCUGAUGCGAGGGAUGUCGUAUGCUGUUCUAUUUUCAUAUGCCCUACCCAUGUCGCUCUUUGUUUCAUUGGAGCUUGUGCGGUUGGUUCAAGGUAUCUUUAUAGAGAUGGACACGCGGUUACGGAAAGCCGAGCUUCUCCCUCAGCUUGACAAGCGUGCCUACGACCCGCUGCCUCCAGCUAAGGUCCAUUGUGUCGUCAAGGCGUCUGCACUGAUCGAAGACCUAGCUGAGGUGGACAUUAUUUUCAGUGACAAGACAGGGACGCUGACGAGUAACGAGAUGAUAUUCCACUCAUUCUAUACUCUCUUCGAUGGAGUCCAGUGUGUGUACGAUACAGUUAUUGCAGCAGGAAAGCUUGAACUGUGUACUAUCAGUCAUUCCACCCUAGUUCUAGAGGCCAAAGAGGAGAAGAAUCACGUCAGUGAUCUUAUGACAUAUGCCCUCGCCCUUUGCAACACAAUAAUCGUUAGUGACAAGGGUGGCACUCUUGUUUAUCAAGGGGAAUCGCCUGAUGAAAUCGCGUUUGCAAAGGCUGCUGCAGCUUUUCGUCUUGUUAUUACAGGUCGUGAGGCAGAAUAUGUUCGGUAUAAUUACAGCUUCUCACUGAACGAGGACUCUGUGGCCCCCCGACAAGUGAGUGUCCCUGUUACCUACACAUUUCCAGUUGUGGUGCCCUUCACUUCUGCUCGGAAACGCAUGUCAAUAGUCCUUUGUGAGGAAGGCAUCGAGCCAUCCGAGCACUUUACGUCAAUGAUCGCUCCUUAUUUGGUCAAUGGAUCACCCUGUCCUACACCUGACCCGAAGGAUGUAGUGUGCUUCCCUCGCUUUUCAUAUAGCAGAUCUAAGCGCCGCGUUUUCUUUACGCCCAUUCAGCUCUGCACCGUUCCGGGAAAUCCGUUUUUGUUGAGCAAGGGAGCAGAUUCGUUCCUCUUGCCAUACUGUAAGCCCAUCCUGGGGGAGAACCCCAUGAAUCUACCCCCAAUUAAGGCGGCAAUUGACAACUUUUCGUGCGAGGGCCUCCGGACUCUCGUGUGGGCGGUUCGGGAGCUUUCCCCAGGCUUUUUAGAUAACUUUCUCAAGACAUGGAGGGAGGUAUCUAUUAAGCCGGACAGUGACCCUGAAUACAUCUCUCAUACUAAGAGACUCGAGCGAGACCUGACUUUCCUUGCGGCCUCUGCCAUCGAGGACCGCCUAGCAGAUAUGGUUCCGGAGACGUUAGCGACUCUAUUGAGUGCAGGCAUUAAGGUGUGGAUGCUUACGGGUGACAAGACCCAGACAGCAGUUAACAUCGCUCGAAGCAGCAACCUUGCCCCGGCAGAGUCUGAGUGGUUAUAUCUGACACACGAAGAAGUCACUCUGAUGGAGGAAAAGCUGAAGCAAGGCGAAGUUGUAGCCCCUCCCAUAUCUGAGUUCGUGCUUGAAAAGCUGGAAAAGAGCCCUACAAAGAACAAGCUACUGGCACUAAUAACGCUCCUUGACGCAUUUGAGAAGAGGGUGUCUCCGACGGUCAUAAAGGAACGGCGCAAAUUGAUACAUCGUAGGGUCGAAGACGCUGCAGAGUACAACACUUAUGAUACAUCUGAGCAUCCUCAAGAUAGGAAGCCCUCAGGAGCACAACAGCCAACCUCAGACGUGUCUAGCGUUAAGCAGAAGUUUACCAAGUUUGGGAGGCAGCUCAAGGACGCCUUUUCAUUCACAGAGCUUUAUCGGAAAAAGAAGGAGUACAAGACAACCGUGCCGUUCACGACCGUGAUUGACAGCGACGUGUUCAAGCUGAUCUACAUGAAUAAUUUACACGAUUUCCUCUUAAGCGUAACGAUGCACUCCACGGCUGUUGUAUGCUGCCGAUUGUCUCCAGAAGAAAAGGCGUUAAUAGUAACAAUGACCCGGAACAGGGAUAAGUACAUAACAACACUGGCCAUCGGGGACGGGGCGAACGACUGCCCGAUGAUUAAGUCAGCGAACAUUGGGGUGGGGAUUGCGGGCAACGAGGGCCUGCAUGCGUCUAACUCGUCCGACUUCUCUCUGCCGGAGUUUAAGUAUCUCCGCCGGCUGCUCUUCGUGCACGGCCACUACACCCAUCUGCGAAACAGCGAGCUCAUUGAGUACUGCAUUUACAAGAAUUUGAUCCUGGUCUUUGUUAACGGCUUGUUCAGUGGUCAAUGUCUUUUCACAAGCCAGAUCCUGUUCAACGACAUGAUGGUGACCAUGUAUAAUAUAGUUCUCACGUUCUUUCCAAUCUUCAUCUACGCACUCACGGAGCACGACAUCAAGGACCGCGUUCUAGAGGUGCAUCCCCGGGUUUACUCUGUGUUUGAGAAAAAGCCAGAAACUAACAUCAAGAGCAUCGGCUUGCGCAUUCUGAUUGCGUUCUAUCACUCUCUAUGCAUGUACUUUCUGACUCGUUUUGCUAUUAGUUAUAAUGUGACGGAGAUGAAUGGGCAUAAUAUAGAUCUAACGCUGUUUGGUUACUACUUGCUCAAUGAGCUGAUCUUUAUUGUCACGAUAAAAAUAUGCCUCCAAACAAAGUACUGGUCGUGGGCGACUCUCAUAGCCCUGAUCUUCACCGUCACAGUAUUUGUUAUCCUGCUUCUGCUGACCAACUACACGACCAUAAUCACCGAGACACUCCUGAAUACGAUGUCAUUCGCUAGCCACACCCUGCACUUUUGGGUGACCGUCUCUUCUGUGGUGUUUGCCGCUCUCCUCCCUGAUGUGAUGUACACGUUUAUCCGCAGGUUCUACUUCCCGAACAGUCAUGACCUGUUGUAUCACCAGUAUAGGCAUUUAAAGAGGAACUGUCUGGGACACGCUCUAGAUGUCGGGCGUGACAUUGAGCGGGUGGAGAAGAUGGACAAUUGUCUAGAGGAGGUCCAGGCACGGCUCAGGCAAUCAGAUCAAGUCUGA